CUCGGCGUAACUUCACAUUUCAUCUUAUCCCUCUCUAAAGGGGAUCCACAGAGUCAGCGGCGGGGUUUCCAGUCACUGUGAGUCGGCGGAGGAGUAGUUGACUCCCUCUUGAUCUGUUGGUCAUCAAUCGGACAGCCUGUCGUCCAUCCAAUGUGCGUAAAGGGGCUCUAUUUCCUCGCCGUCCUGUCUGGACUCGCAGCUUCAGGCGUGCUGCAGGUCAGCGGGAUGCGUAUAUACACAUCUGGGGAUAUGGAGGCAGUCAAUGGGACGGAUGUUCGUCUGAAGUGCACAUUCCACAGUUCCUCUGCCAUUAACCCCAGCUCCAUCGUCAUCUCCUGGAGCUUCAGACCUCUCAAACCGGGCCGGGAAGAGUCAGUGUUCCACUACCAGCAGAAACCAUAUCCUCCUGUAGACGGCAUUUUCAGGAAGCGUGUUCAAUGGGCCGGUGACGUCAUGGGCCGUGACGCCUCCAUCAUACUCACGCAGGUCAAGUUCACCUACAACGGCACUUACAUCUGCAUGGUCAAGAAUCCGCCAGAUGUCCACGGCUCGGUCGGAGAGAUUCGACUCCGUGUUGUCACCACAGCGUCUUUCUCUGAACUUCUCCUUCUGGCUCUGGCCAUCGGGGGUGGUAUCGCCGCCGUGGUCUUCCUCCUCAUCAUCAUCCUGUCCUGCAGGCGGUGCAAGAAGAGGAGACAGAGGCAGCAUGAAGGGAGCGAGGAGGCUCCCCGCAAAGAAAGAAAAGACCCCACUGCGUGGUAAGACCGAGAGAAAGACAGAGGGAGAGGAAGAGGGGGAUAGAGAGAGGAACAGGAGAAUCACACACUUCCUCUCUCGCUCUCCGUCUAACUCUGGGGAUCAGGGCAUGUGGCGCUCCUUCUUGGGACCUGGGGCUCUUUUUCUACUGGACGUUUCGCUUCCUCCUUCCUCUCCAAAUGCAGUCUUUGGAUUCCAAACCUGGACUAGUUGAUGGGCAGCUGUCAUUAAGAGAGAUAAAUUGAGAAUGUGCCUUUUGUAUAGGAAGUUGUAGAUGCAGAGCCUAAGUCAGACUGCUGCGAAGCUUUAAAGAUAUUACCAUGUGCCUUUUUCAUUUCUGGAGAAAAACAACUGUUUUAUCAGUGUAUCUUUUCCUGUUCAGCUAAAUGGGCUUCCAAACACAUUUCCUGUUUAGAGUAAAUGUUUUGAUGAUAUAGAGGUCGAACAAUGGUGUAUUCCUGCUGUUUACUUCCCUACUAAUACAUUUCAUACCCUAACAUACCACAAGCUGUGCGUUUGAUAUAUUGUUUCAACAAACAAUAGAAACUAUGGAACAAUGAAUAAGCAGCUACCAGCUUCUAUUGAAAUUUGUUUUAAUUACCAGAUGAUGGGGAAUAUUAUGAAACUCCUGUUAUCUGUAUCUAUCCACCCUCAUUUCAACGGUCAUAUAUGUAUCAACUGUCUGAUCCACCUUACUGUAAUUCUCCUGAAUACACAGGAAAAUGCUGGUGUACUUUUUCUGUUUUGUUUCACUACUGAAGUUAUAUUGCUGGAUUUUUCUGUGGUGUUAUUAGCUUGAUGUUGAGGUAUUAAUAUCAAGGUGCUAUCAAAUAAUCAGAGCACUUGUUGGAAACAGACAUUUCAUAUAGCACUUUUUGAAGAAAGCAUUUCAGACACAAAGUUAAAUGCAAUAUCAAAUCUUUUCCAGUAGCCUGAUUGUCUGUUUUGAACAAUGAGCUGUUUUGUCAAAAGCAUUUUUUUCUUGGCAAGUGGGACUUCUUUGUUUCUCUCUUGGGUUUUCAGAUCUUUCUGUAAUAGAAAACUGGUUACCAUUAAAACUGUGUUGCAAUACUGUAACUCACCAGACUUCCAAAAAAAGCCAAGCCCUUCAAGGAAAAGUUGACAACUGAGAUUUAUUCAGACUUCAAUCCGAAUCUGUCAUUGAAAAACUUGGCGAAGGAAGGAAAUAUUUUCACCCCAAUCAGAUGCAGAUGUGUAAACACAGAGAUUUUGAUCCAACCUUCACUCCCAGCUCGGGACAUCUUAACCCUGUGCGACACUAACCCAUUGUCCCUGCUGCUGUGUUUGUGUUGUCUGCUCGUCUUUGUCCUGUCCCCAUUAUGUGUGACUUAUGCACAUGCAUGCACAUACAUAAUUCAUGAAUGUGUCAUGCAUGAAUUCAUAUCCCACUCUGUAUUUGUGUGCCAUGUUGCUCCUCCUGGUGCAUGUCUCCCUCGCCCCUUUGUGUGUGUGUCUCAGCCACCCAUCAAGAGCCAUCCACCUCUACCUAUCAGAGACCUCCAUAGAGAUUGACAGUUCAGACGGCAUGAUCUCAGAGGCCAGCACCAAAGAUCCGAGCUCCUCAGAGUCAGAAGGCCCGAGCUCAGACGACGAAGACGAUGGUGAUGACUCUGAUUGAGGAUUUGGGGACAGACGAGGAGACAGAAACACUGAAGUGUGCCAGGAAGCUCGCUGGAGGGAUGCCUGGAUGGCACCUAUGGAUUCCGUUCCACAGUUUUGCCGAGUGGAGACUAGAUGAAGAGAGUGCUUCUGCUGCUGCUGUGAUGAAAACGAGCGCAUUGUUGAACAAUGCAAGGAGAACGGAAAAAAAGUUCUGUUUGAAAGUUUCCGAAUAACAACAAAUCGAUCAGAGUGAUGAAGAUCAACGCUUUGAAUCAAGUAGUAAAGUAACUUAACUUUUGAGAGGGUCCAGAAAAAUCCAUAUGAGGGCAGAAAUGCUGGAUUAAAGAUGAGUAAAAGGAUUGUAAUCCUGAAGCUGGCUUGGCUGCUGUCCUGAGGGGAAAAAUAGGGGAAAUUCAUGCUCAAAACAGUCUGUUGUUUUAGAUAUGGAUCUUGUUAAAGAGACAGUUCAUCCCAAAAAAAUACACAUUUUUUCACUUACCUGUAGUGAUUUUGAUCAGCCUAGAUUGCUUUGUUAGAGUGUUGGAGAUAUCAGCUUUAGAGAUGUUUAGAUGACACUUUGUUUGUUUGCUCAAAGCAUAAAAAAGAAAUACAUUUGAAAAACUCACCAGCAAUGUCUUUUUCUAGAAAUCAAGACCCAGUUACACAAGACAAUCCACAGACCUUGUUGAGAGCAGUUUCAUGUGGCACUACUAAACUACAACCACCAACCCAACCCAGUUGUGACUUGCCAGAAAGAAAAAUGUUGGCAUUGUAAGUUUCUGAAAACCACAUGUGCUGAUCUGCAAUGUUUUUUUUUGUUUGGUGACGAAGCUCUAUAAGGCCAUUGUUAGAAUGUUUGUCUGGAAGCACUCUGCUAGCCUAACCCCAUUCUUCAUACCUAAAUUUAAGUAAGUGGUUUUGGUUUUUAAAGGCAGUGGUCUUCAUGUGUCAACAGGUUGCAGCUGUUCCGAAACAUUCAUAUUCAACAUAUUUGUGAGAUUUAUCUGUAGUUUCCAGAAACAUGCCGAAAUUUAUUCAUGGGCUCAUUCAUUAGGUCUGGGGAGUUUUUUACUGGUUCUUUGGGCGUCACAAGCAAAGGGCCAUUUGUUUUUCCAUUAUAUUUGAGAGAAGGCAGAUAUCUGUAGAACCAAUACCUCCAGCACUCACACCAAAACAACCUAGAUUGAUAAAUAGCGCUACAGGUAACAGAAAAAAUUAUAGUCAUGGAAAAAGUUAUUAGACCAUUGUUUUCUUAAUUUUCUUGUUCAUUUUAAUGCCUGGUACAACUAAAGGUACAUUUGUUUGGACAAAUAUAAUAACAAUAGUGAUUUUGGUUAUUAUCAAGAAAACCAUGGAAAAUGUCUAGAUAUCUUAAAUUAAACUCUUAUAAGAUAUUUUUGUUGUUAUCAUUAUAUUUGUCCAAACAAAUGUACCUUUAGUUGUACAAGGCAUUAAAAUGAACAAGAAAUUAGAGAAAACAAGGGUGGUCUAAUAUUUUUUUCAUGACUAUAUAUAUAUUUUUUGUUUUGGGUUGAACUUUCUCUUUAAAUGUACGAAGUCAGUCGCAAAAUCAGCUGCAACAUGCAACUGAAAGUCGUCAGAAUGAGGAUAUUUUGUUCUUCCAUGAUGAACCAUUUUAAGACUUUUACAUUUUUGCGGACCAUCCUCUGAUUUACUUAAUGGACAACAUUAUGAAAAAUCCUGUAGGACCAUCCUUCAUUAUUUAGUCUUCUGUGAUAAUGUGAGAAUUGCAUUUCAGUCAGUUAUGCACAACCAGCAGUUUUAUCCUCCAAAUUGUAGGCUGAAGGGGCUUCCGUCACAUCAGAUUACUCGGAUAAAAUAGCAUAAAUGUGAUGUUGCUGUCAUUGAGUGUGAAGGCCAAAUACUUGAUCAGUGAGCAAGCAUCUGCAUGCACACACCUGCCCUGAGUGUUGUGUGGGAGCGCACAGUCAGAUCUGAAAACCCUUUGAUUGCAAAAUGUCCCUGAGAGCCUGUUUUCUGAAUGCAUCACAUCUACUAACAAAUGACUGUAACACCUGUCUUUCUUCCUUUUUAUGUUGUACUUGUGAUGUAACACUGAGCAAUAUGUUUAUAGAUAUGUUUUCUUAUUUUUAAUUUUUUUUAGAUAAUGCCAGAAGUAUUUUAUCACAUUUUUUAAAAAAUGUCACUGUAUGUGUUUGUUAUAGAGCGUUUAUAUAUGAAUAAAAAAAGUUUUUCU